AUGCGUUUCGGAAAGACGCUGCGGCAGGCCGUCUACGCGCCUUGGAAGGACAAGUACAUCGACUACGCGAAGCUCAAGUCCUUGCUGCGGGAGGACAAGUACGAUGACGACGAGGUCCCCUGGACCGAGGACGACGAGAGCCGCUUCUGCGAGGAGAUCUUCAACGUCCAGCUCGAGAAGGUUGCCAAGUUCCAGGAGGAGACGUUCGAGGCCCUGAAAGACCGUAUCGACGCAGCCUUCGAGAAGCUCAAGGAGCUGGCGCCGCCCAGCGAGGAGGAUGGCGCGGGAAACGUCCAGGCCAAGAAGCCCGACUUCGGGACGGCUAAGAAGCUGAAGGAAAUCGAGGCGGAACUCGACAAGAUCACGACCGAGAUCUCGGAGCUGAAGAAGUACAGCAACAUCAACUACACGGGCUUCCUCAAGAUCGUCAAGAAGCACGACCGCAAGAGGGGCGACCGCUACAAAGUGCGGCCCAUGAUGCAGCUGAGCCUGUCGCAGCGGCCCUUCAACUCGGAGCAGGGCUACUCGCCUCUGCUCAACAAGCUGUCCAUCAUGUACUAUGCCAUUCGCCAGCAGCUGGACGAGGACGCCGCCGACCAGCAGCCGCUGGAUCUCGAGAGCCAGGGCGAGACGCGCCACGGCGAGCGGUACACGGCUCACAAGUUCUGGGUCCACCCGGAGAACCUGCUGGAGGUCAAGACGUACAUUAUGAGGCAGCUCCCGGCCCUCGUCUACAGCGAACAGUCGGCCAAGGAGCUGGACGGCACCAACGACCCGACCAUCACCUCGCUCUACUUCGACAACUCCAAAUUCGACCUGUACGGCAAGAAGGUCGAGCGCAAGUCGGAGGCCGCGUCGCUGCGCGUCCGGUGGUACGGCCAGCUGAGUUCGAAGCCCGAGCUGUCCCUCGAACAAAAGGUUGUUAGCGAGAACGGAUCGAGCGAGGAGCGCAAGUUCGCCAUCAAGGACAAGUACAUCAAGCCCUUUAUCGAUGGCACCUACAAGAUGGAGAAGACGAUACAGAAAAUGGAGCGCCAGGGCCAGCAGGCCGAGGAGAUUGAGAAGUUCAAGAACACAGUCGAGUCGCUGCAGGGCUUCGUGCAGGAGAACAAGUUGCAGCCCGUCCUGCGCGCCAACUACGUCCGUACGGCCUUCCAGAAGCCCGCGGACGACCGUGUGCGCAUCUCCAUCGACACCGAGGUCGCCUUCAUCCGCGAGGACACGUUGGACAAGGACAGGCCAUGCCGCGACCCGGCCGAGUGGCACCGUCUCGACAUUGACGCCCGGAAUCUGACUUACCCCUUCAAGGAUAUCAAUCAGAGCGAGGUCUCGAGGUUCCCGUACGCCAUCCUCGAGAUCAAGCUGAAGGAGGACCCCAGCCGGAAGCGCCCCGCGUGGAUUACGGACCUGAUGGGAUCUCACCUGGUGCACCCGGCGCCCCGCUUCUCCAAGUUCGUCCACGGUGUCGCCUCGCUGUUCGAGGACUACGUCAACAACCUGCCCUUCUGGCUGAGCGACCUGGAGGCGGACAUCCGCAAGGACCCCCAAGAGGCGUUCGAGGCCGAAGAGCAACGCAAGGCUCAGAAGGCCGAGGACGAGAUGGCCGUAGGCAGCUUCUUGGGUAACAAGCUCAACUCGUACAAGGUGUCCAAGAGCUCGCCGGCUGGCAAGUCGUACCUGCAAGACAGGAUGGCCGCCGAGUCCAGCUCCCGCCCGAAGCCCUCCAACCUUGAGUCUCAGCAGUCGUCGUCCCAGCAGAACGGCGAGGGGUCGUCCGGCCAGCAGCAGAGGAGCUACGGCACCCUUUCGUCCGUUCUCCCGGGCUUCUCGCUGUCCAAGUACUCCAAGGCCAAGCGGGCGCAGAACAACCAGCAACUGCUGCCCGAGGGCGUCGUCGAACCGACCGAAUGGAUCAAGAACUCGGGCGAGCUGAAGAUUGAGCCCAAGGUGUGGCUGGCCAACGAGCGCACGUUCCUCAAGUGGCAGCACAUCUGCAUCCUGCUCGGCGCGCUCGCCGUGUCGCUGUACACGGCCGCUGGAGAGAACUUCCUGGCCGAGGUCAUGGGUGUCGCGUACAUUGUCAUUGCCGUGUUCGCGGGUGUUUGGGGCUACGGCAUGAUGCGCCUGCGGAGGAAGAUGAUUAUGGCCCGUAGCGGCAAGGACUUCGAUAACCUGAUUGGUCCGCUGAUUAUCAGCAUCGCGAUGAUGGUUGCUCUGGUGUCGAACUUUGUGUUUGCUUACACCGCCGCCCUCGAGAAGAUGGAGAAGGCCAAGGACGUGCUUGGUGGCAACAACGUCACUGGCGAGCCGAUCCGUCAGGAACUCAUCUAG